UGCGAGACAGAAAGAUAUGUAAUCUCUUCAAGAGUUGCGGUGGACAACAACUAAAUAAAGCUCACUGGCGUGCAUUAAAUUUCGCGGCCUUAAGCAACACAAGAUGAAAAUCGUCCUUGUGAGUUGUUUCUUGAUCUUUGCCAGUGUUUCUGUAGCGUUCGUGAAUGGAAGAUAUUUGAUAGGGAAAGACUUGUCAGAAAGCCUCGAAGAUGAACUGAAUGAGCUUGAGCCCUGGGAGCUUGAAGACCCCAAAGGGGGACAUAAACCACGUCCUGUCAAAUCUUUAAAAGGUGCUAUUGAACUUUUGUUAGCUUGUUUCCAAGGAGAACAUGGUCAGAUGAAAGCGGGAUGUAUGGAAAAAUUUAAAAAAGCACUGCCCCAGGGUCAAUCCAAUAAUGAGAGAGUGAUUGAAUGUGUCAAACAAAGUUUUCAGGAAUGCGAAGGGGAACCAACGGGGCACAAACCUAUCAAUUGCAUAAUGCGUUUCAAACGCCGCUGCAUGAAAGACAAAUUAGAUGGCUCUGACGAAUUAGAUGGCUCUGGACGCUAGUUAAAAUUUCCUGUAUAGCCAUUGUGGCCACUGUGUGUCAUAAACACCAUCGGUGUAGAUGAAAGAAGCUGUAUCUAGCUAAAUAAAUCUUCAAGAAAAAAAACCAACUCCUGCAUAAUAUUUCUCCGUAAUUGUUCAGUGGUCAAAUUUAAUGACCUACUGACCCAUAGUACUCUGUAUCCCUUAUAGAAAGGAAAUAUUCAUUUGAGUCAAAUUUUAUAUCUUACAAAAUUCGCUGCUAAGCACGGGCUAUUGGCGGUUCUCGAGACACGAACAUGAGCUCAGCUUAUGGCCUUGUGGGUAUGAAAGUACUUAUAUGUGAAAGUACUUAUAUGUGACAUCCAACUGAAACCUUCUCUCAAAAAUAA